CAUCUGGUCUCGGAGAAUAUUCGGAAGCCACGUUCUAGUCCCAUAUAUAAGCAGACGACGCCGGGAUCAGUAAGAAGGGAGCCGCAAAGCUUUGGGAUACGAGAUAUUGAGGAAAAGAAAGUGAGCAUUAGUUUUCGGUGUUGAUUUACUAUCGGAUUGAUUGAUUGAUUUACGACGGGAUCAAAGAUAUUCGAGCUUCGGAUAUGCUACGACGAGUAGCAGCAGCGGGAUCUUCACGGGCGGUUUUGAGUAGGUAUCAAUUGGGUAUCUGCAGAUUACCAAGGACGGCGCUGAGUAGACAGACGUCGGGAGCUGAGCGGUCGAGAUCAUUGUCGUCGGUGUAUUCCUCGCGGACACUUUCGACUACAGCCGUGUGUCGGAACAGCAGUGAUUCCGAGAGAAAGAAGAUGGGGACCAGCGCACAGUUUCUUGGAAUGCCGCUUGUGAAUACGCUGGAGACGGCUCGCUCGCCUUAUCUGCGUGCGCAUGCAAACAAUCCCGUCGCGUGGCAGCAAUGGACGCCCGCGACGCUGGCGCGAGCGGUGGCAGAGAACAAGCCGAUUUUUCUGUCGAUAGGGUAUCAUACCUGCCACUGGUGUCAUGUCAUGAACCGCGAGGCGUUUUCGUCUGAGAAGAUUGCGGCAAAGCUGAACGAGUAUUUUAUUCCAAUCAAACUGGACCGCGAGGAACGGCCGGAUCUGGACGCGAUCUAUAUGCUGUAUCUGCAGGCGAUGUCGGGCGGCAGAGGCGGAUGGCCUUUGAAUGUGUUUUUGGCGCCGGGGUCGUUGGAGCCGAUCUACGGAGGGACGUACUGGCCCGGUCCGUGGGACGAGGUGUCUGCGAAAACAGGCCGCACGACGAAACCCCCCGGUCCGGAGUUCCUCGAGGUGCUCGAGCGGAUCCACGAGCUUUGGGCAGAGGACGAGGCGAAGUGCCGGUUCGCGGGCACGGAUAUCGUGCGUCAGCUGCGGGACUGGACGGCGGCCAGGAGUAAAGGUGAUUCGACGACCGAGCUUCACGCGGGUGUGCUGUUUGACGCGUACGAGUACUUCACCGAGCGGUUUGAUGAGGUGAACGGCGGGUUUGGCGAGGCGCCGAAGUUUCCGCAGCCGACGAUGAUGAGUCUGUUGAUUAAGAUGCAUCCGCAUAUGAGGGUGAAGGAGAAGAUCGACAUGGGCGAUGAUCGAAAUGCAGCCGAUAUGGCGAUUUAUACGUUAAAGAAGAUUGCUGGAGGAGGAAUCAAAGAUCAGGUUGGGCAUGGAUUUUCGCGGUAUUCUGUUACUGCUGAUUGGCAAUUGCCUCAUUUUGAAAAGAUGCUUUACGAUCAAUCGCUGCUGUUGACUGCGUAUUUGGAUGCAUGGCUUUACGAUAAGAAGAAGAACCAAUUUGCUCUGGACUGCGUGCGCGAUAUUGCAGAGUACCUGGUGUCGGGAUCUCUACGAAACGAAGCCGGUGGUUAUUACAGUGCUGAAGAUGCCGAUUCUGUUGCGCCAGACAAUACAUUGAUGAAGCGCGAAGGCGCGUUUUACGUUUGGUCGUACGACGAGUUUUUCAAGGUCUUGGGUAGGAUACCCGGAGACAUUGCGGCCGCGUACUGGGGUGUUUCGGAGUACGGGAACGUUGAUAGCCAGUAUGACUUGCACGGCGAGCUGGAAGGCUUGAACGUGCUGUCGGUGACUAUGGAUGUGCCGGAACUGUCGGGGGUGUUUGGCAUGACGGAGGAAAAAGUGCGGGAGGUGAUUGAGGAUUGCAAGAAAAAGCUGCGAGCGUACAGAGAAGAGCAGCGACGGGCGCCGGAGGUUGAUGUGAAGAUUGUUGCGUGCUGGAAUGGGCUUGCUAUGGGAGCUUUGGCGCGGGCGGGAGCGGCGGUGAUGGAGAUUGAUCAGGUGAGCCGGACGAAGUGGCUCGAGAGCGCGAAAAAGACGGCGCGGUUUUUGAAGGAGAAGAUGUUUGAUGCCGAGAGCGGCCGGCUGUGGCGGGUGUUUUGCGACGGGGAGAGGGGGAGUACGUUGGGGAUGUGCGAGGAUUACGCCUAUGUGAUUUCGGGACUGCUCGACCUCUACGAGGCUACGUUUGACGUGAGCUAUUUGCGAUGGGCGCGGGAGUUGCAGGAGACGCAGAACGCGCUGUUUUGGGAUUCGGAAGACAACGGAUUUUUUUCCGCGCUGGCGGAAGACGAAGGCGCGCGGGAGCUGAUUCUGAGGAUGAAGAGCGGCGCGGAUACGGUGGAGCCGUCGUCGAACGCGGUGUCGGUUGCGAACCUGAUGAGACUGGCGGCGGUGUUUGGGGAGGACGAGUACGAGCAGAUGGCGCUGCGAACGCUGGAUGCGUAUGCGAAGGAGAUUGUUGCGCAACCGCAGUCGUACUGCGGGAUGCUGGGCUCGGUGGUUGCGGGGAGUGAGGGACUGCGGACGGUGGUGAUUGUAGGGCAGACGAGGGAGGAGAUGAAGGAGACGGUUGAGAAGAUGCGGUCUGUGCUGGCGGCGAAUACGAUAGUUGUGGGACUACGGAAAGAGUUUGGGGAGGGAGCGGAGGAGGAGGAGGCGCGGAGGGCGCAGGAGUGGCUUGUUGCGGAGGGCGAUGAGAUCUAUGCAGGUCUGCUGAGCCGGAGCGGGAGCAGGAACGGGACAACGUCGUACAUUUGCCAGGAACGGCGGUGCAGCGCGCCGAUCGAGGACAGCGAGGAGCUAGUGAGGGCGCUAAGCGACGAAGUCGGCAGUAGCCGAGAGUCGGAUGUGUAAAUAAUAAAACGGGAGAUAAGCAAGUCAACGAGAUGGAGUCAGAUUUACACUAUUUACUCCGCGGC